AUGAAAGGAUUAGAAGAAAAGAAGCCUGUUAAGAAGGUUCAAUCUAAGUACAAACCUUUAUUCCGUUUACUCAUAGUUUCCUAUUUUGUAUUACAUGCUUACUUUGUGACUUAUCCUAACUAUUUAAAUAGUAAAGCUUCAAUUGAUUAUAAAGAAAUUUUCUUAAAUGCUUUGGAUACCAAUUUGGCCGGUAAUUGGUCAAAAACUUAUACCUCAGUUCCUCAUUUGGCUGGUACUGGUAAGUCUUUAGUCAACUUCACUAGAGACAAGUUUGAAGAAUAUGGAUUGAAAGCUACUGUUGAUGAUUAUGAAAUCUUAGUCAGUUAUCCAAAAGAUCACGAUUUAAACUUAAUUGAUUCUACCACUGGAGAAAUCUUGUAUAAGGCACCUUUGAAAGAAGAUGUUCUUGAAGAUGAUCCAACUACUCAAGGUAAUGAUACCAUCCCAACCUUUUUGGGUUAUGCUGCUAAUGGUAACGUUACUGCUGAAUAUGUUUAUGCUAAUUACGGUACUAAAGAUGAUUUCGAAACUUUAAAAGAAUUGGGAAUCGAUGUUACUGGUAAAAUUGCUGUUGUCAGAUACGGUGGCAUUUUCAGAGGUUUGAAAGUCAAGUUUGCUCAAGACAAUGGAGCUAUUGGUGUUUUGAUUUACUCUGACCCUGGUGAUGAUGGAGAAAUCACUACCAAGAAUGGAUAUGAACAAUAUCCAAAAGGUCCUGCUAGACAAGAAAGUUCUGUUCAAAGAGGAAGUGUUCAAUUUUUAGGUGGAGUUGGAGCAUAUCCAGGUGAUCCUACUACUCCUGGUUAUGCUUCAAAACCAGGUUGUGAACGUCAAGACCCACAUAAAGCUAUUGGUAAAAUUCCAGUGUUACCAAUUUCCUAUCGUGAAGUUACUCCAAUUUUAAAGAAAUUGAAUGGUCAUGGAGUUAAAUUAUCUGAUAAAAAAUGGAUUGGUGAUUUAGAUGGUUUUGAUUAUUACACCGGUCCAAAUAAAAAAGCUGAAUUGAAUUUAUACAACAAUCAAGAUUUCAACAUUUCAACUUUAUCAAACGUUUAUGGUGAAAUCGAGGGUGAAAAAGCCGACGAAGUUGUCAUUAUCGGAAACCACCGUGAUGCAUGGAUUAAAGGAGGUGCUGGUGAUCCUAACUCAGGCUCCGCCAGUAUGAUGGAAAUUGCCAGAGGUUUAGGUGAAUUAAUUAAAGCCGGUUAUAAAUUUAAAAGAACUAUCAUUUUGAUGAGUUGGGAUGGUGAAGAAUAUGGUUUAUUAGGAUCAACUGAAUUUGGUGAAUAUGCUUCCAAGAUCUUACAGAAAAAAGUUGUUGCUUACUUGAAUCUUGAUGUUUCAGUUUCUGGUACUAAUUUGAAUUUAGAAGGUUGUAAAUCUAUUUAUGGUUUGAUCAAGAAGGUUGCUGCCACCUUACCUUACCCAGUUGAAGGAGUUGGUUCUUUAUUAGAUCACUACUUAUCUGUACACGGUGACAAAAUCACUGCUUUAGGUUCAGGUUCCGAUUACACUGUCUUCUUAGAACAUUUAGGUAUCCCUUCAAUUGACAUGGGUUUCGGAGGUGGUAAGACCGCCCCAAUCUAUCACUACCAUUCUAAUUAUGAUUCUUACCAUUGGAUGGAAAAAUAUGGUGAUAAAGGGUUCGUUUAUCAUAGUUUGAUGGCCAAAUUCUUAGGUCUUAUUGCUUUGGAAUUAACCGAUCAAGAGGUUAUUCCAUUCAGCAUCAAAGAUUAUGUCGAUGAAUUAACCAGAUAUUUUGAAAUUGUUAAAGAAAAAAUUCCAAAAGAUUGGGAAUCUAAAGCAAUUGAAAACGAAGCUACAUGGAAUGAAUUAUUAAUUACCCCAGUUGAAGAAAUGAAGUACCUCGAUGAAUCAACCAAUGGAUGGUAUCAAGAAAAAUACAUCCCAUUCCCUGAAUUAGUUGGUAAAUCUGAUUGUAUGCACCAUAAGAACCAUUUGAUGUUUGAUAUCAAGAAACAUAAAAACUUGACCUUGAGUGAUAUCGUUCAAAUCACCAUUGAUGAUUUAGCUCAAUUAGGUAAUUCUUCAGCUAUUUUUGAUGGAGAAAGUGCUUCUCUUCAAACUCAAUAUGAUCAUAGAGAUUCAUUAUUCUUCUGGCAAAAACUCAAGUUGCAUUAUAAAAUUCUCAAACAUAAUAAAUUGAUGCAAUAUUUUGAAAGAAAUUUCAUCUAUGAAAAAGGUUUAUAUGAAAGAGAAUGGUUCAAACAUAUUAUUUUUGCCAGUGGUAGAUUCACUGGUUAUGCUGGUCAAGUCUAUCCUAUGUUACAAGAAGCCAUUGAAGAUGGUGAUUUCGAUAGAUUGGUCAAAAGUUUAGGUAUUGUUUCCAGAACUUUUAGAAGAGUCUCUGAUCAAUUAGUUAUUUAA